CAUUUCCUUGCUCUUUCCUCUUCUCAUCUACUGAUCUGCCUCUCUCUCUCCUCCAUUGUAGCGUACUCGAAUUUCUCCAUUGAAGGGACUUCGGAGCUUUUUCUUAGCACUUUCCUAACACUCCGUCUCUCUCCUUCGAUCUCCUUCUCCAUAACCGCCACUUUCCCUUUCCUUUCUUCUCUCUUUCGAUCUCCUUCUCCUUCUCCUUCUCUCUUUCUAUAAUAUUGGAGGUUAGGGUUUCUGGGUGCGUCUAUUUGAAUCAAUUCGAUGUGCGUGCGUCUUCAACAACAACAAAUUCGAAUCAAUUUCGAACCAAAAAUCAGAAUUUCGAGGUUAAGGGACUCUAAUCUUGUCUUUAAAGAGGAGGUUGCUCUUGCCCCGCCUGAAGUAGAGAUUGACUUGAUCGUGCAACAACAGAUGGUCACCCCCCUAUUGGCUGGAGUGAUACUGCAGCCUAUCUUGUUCAGCCCGUUCUGCUGGUUGUCUCGCCAUAUGUUUCGAUGGAGUUGAUGAAGCCUCCCCAAGCUGACCCGUCUCAGAAGAAUUCACUUCUCAUCCUCAAGUUCCUUCCUCUUAUGAUUGGCUAUUUUUCCUUAUCCGUCCCAUCCGGAUUAUCCAUCUACUGGUUUACAAAUAAUGUCCUCAGUACUGCACAGCAGGUAUGGUUACGCAAAUUUGGUGGUGCUAAGCCUGGUGUGAAUGAGAACGCCGGUGGAAUUAUUAGUGCUGGAAAGGCAAAGCGGUCUGUAUCCCAACCUGCUCAAAUUGACGACAGGAAAAAUAAAAUACAGGAAAGCAUGGGAGAUCUUAGCAAAUGGGUGUCUAAUUCAUUACUGCACAAGCUUGAAUCGUUGCCAACAGUUUCCUCAAAUUGUUUGCUAUAUCUUUGAUUAAAGCAUAGUUUGUAUUAAUAAGUCUUUCUCAAAUUAAUUUUAAUGCUUCUUAAUAUUAUCUUCAUAUGUAUCUCUAUUUAUUUCAUAUUAGUUGAUAGUUGAAUGGUCUUGCAACUGUUGUUUCUAGUUUGGCAAAUAGUUUUGGACACUUAAUUAAAAAAUGGACUAUUAUUGGAACGACAAUGUUACCAGUUUA